AAGUUAAAAAUGGAAAUUUAACCCAACACACAACUCAACACAAAACCCUCCAAUGACAAGGAGAAUAAGUUACUUGGCACCACAAGCAUACAACUGAAUUUCUUCUUCCUGGUACCCACCUGUUGCUUUGGUCUCAUCUCUGGUCUCCUUUUCUCUCUCUCUCUCUUUCCCACAUGACGACAAAUCACUCAACCAUAAAAUGGGCUCCAAUCUCCCCCAUACCAAAAUUUCAAUCCUCUCUCCGGUCUUCUUCUUGAGAGAGUCUUCCCCCUCCAAAAUCUUUCCCAAAUUCACCCAAACAAACCCGCCCUGUCUAGGGUUUGGUUUGAUUGGGAGCCUCUUCCCCCCCUUUUUUUUGUUCUCUUUAUCCUUGUUUAGAAGGAAAGACCUGAACUUCAACAUGAUUAUGAAGAACCCACAAUCAUCCUUGCCACCAGGGUUUAGGUUCCACCCAACUGAUGAGGAGCUCAUCCUCCAUUACCUCAGGAGGAAGGUCACAUCUUCACCUCUCCCUGUUUCCAUCAUAGCAGAGGUUGAUAUCUACAAGCUCGACCCUUGGGACUUGCCAGCUAAAGCCGCUUUUGGUGAGAAAGAGUGGUACUUCUUCAGCCCUAGGGAUAGGAAGUACCCAAAUGGGGCAAGGCCCAAUAGAGCAGCUGCUUCAGGGUAUUGGAAGGCCACCGGCACAGACAAAGUGAUUGUGGCUACUUCUUCUUCUGCUUCAGCAUAUGCGCAUCAGCACCAUGAGAAACUCGGCGUGAAGAAGGCGCUGGUCUUCUACAAGGGAAAGCCUCCCAAGGGAGUCAAGACGAACUGGAUCAUGCACGAGUACCGCCUCGCCGAGUCGCCGGCUUACAACAGCCGCCCCAAUACCAACCCCUCGAAGCUCAAAGAUUCCUCCAUGAGGUUGGACGAUUGGGUUCUAUGUCGGAUUUACAAGAAGACCAACGUGUCACCUCCCACUGCAACUUCGGUGGCCACACCUGAUCAAGAUCAAGAAGAAGAAGAAGAAGAAGUUGGUCUCAGUAAUUUUCACCAAAACGGGACGUUAAGACCGUUAACACACGUCCCCGGUGGUAAUGUCCAAAACAAUGGUGGCCUCAUGUCUCAGAAGUCCUCUUCAUUCUCCAAUUUGUUGGACGCCCUGGACUACUCCGUGCUCACUAGCUUGCUUUCUGACAACAACACCCCACAACUGGUCGGCACGCCCGGGUUUGACCAAUCGACUUCACUGAUUCCAAAUAACAGUAAUCAUGUGGACGUGAAUGACCAGCACAUGUUCAUCAAUGGGACUUGGAAUAACGGGAGCAGCAAUGGCUCAGCCCAGAAGCUGCCCCACCUCAGCCCUCCAUCGUCAGCUCCGUUCACGGAGGAGAACCGGCUCAAGCGUCACCGUCCGGCCGCGGCGGCGGACACCGACGCAGCGUCGCAUCCGGCGAAGAGGCUCCUCGGUCUUUGCAGCUUCACCGACGCCGCAAGUCAAGUGGCCGACUUCCCGCAGCAUAAUUGGAUCAACAGUUACCCAUUCUUGAACCAGCAGUUGCUACUCGGUCCAAAUAACUACGCCCAUUUUCGUGGAUAAACGGAUGGCAAAAACGCAGAUUAAAAAGGAAGAGACGAAUUAUUUCUCCCGCAUAUAUUAAGUGAAGUAGGGUUUUAGGGAAAUAAUAUGGAUGUGCCCGCAUGAUUUUUCUCUCCCUUGAAAACGAGGGGAAUUGGAAAUGUAAUCUACGACUUUUUAAGGAACCAGCACAAGUGUGAAUGAAU